AUGGAGGACGACGAAGACGCGGCUGAGGUCGAGCCUUAUACAACUAUCACUCCGAUACUCCUCUCCAAAGCAAAGCAAGAUGCAUACAAACACAGCGACGACGAAAUCGCGCGUGCGAGAGCUCUGUGCGAAGACAUGCUCUUCGAGGACGAGCAUGCUGGGUUGCAGCUCCAGGUCAUGAAGUGGCAGGUUCAGCGCUGGCUGUGGAAUACUUUGUUUCCGCACGAGGAAGACAGAUUUCCUGGUACGAAGCCAAGAAAUCUGCCUGUCGUGAAGAAAGAGAACGCGCCGAAAGGACUGGGUGUCAAGAUCAGAAAGACUCCGCGUAGUAAGGAAGAGAAAGACAACGAAGGUGAUGAGAAGCCGAUCGUUGCCGCAACGAAUGUGCUGUCCAUUUCUGCUGAGAGUCCCCAUUUAUGCGUAACAUGUGGAUCUUACAGCCACGAGGAGCAUGCUUGUACUUCUAAAGUUCUGCAUGAGCGAGUGCUGGAGUGUUUGGUUGUCGGACAUGGCAUGUACAUCUUUGGGAAGACUGCUGGAUGCCCAAAGUGUUUGGAAAGCGUGUAA